GCGCCCACCAGCCCGGGCGACCCCGUCCCUGCGCCGGCUGGGCCACCGAGCGCGCGCUUCGAGGCGCCGCCGGUUCCAGAGUUCCCCAAGCCGCCCACGCCGCCGCCCAUGCCCCUCGGGCGAUACUUCAUCGUUCGGGCGAGGGCACAGUGGCCAGAAGGAGCGCAGUGGAUGAUUUCCCGAGGGAGGGCGGCCAACGCCGCCGCGGCCAGCGCAGUGGCGGACUACCUCGACGGCGCGAUGGCUCUCGAGGUGGAGGACCCGACUGGCGCAACCAUCCGCUUUCUCGUGAAGCCUGACGGCGUCAUCCGUGCGCCUGCCCCAGGACCCUCAGGGCGUCUGCCAGCGGAGUUCAUCGAGGAGAUGCUCCACCACGCGCCCCUGGGCUGCGAGGAGCUCGGCAUCAGCGUCUCGGCGACCAACGCACCCGAGAAA